UACAAAAUGAUAGCUAAGUUACUAGAUAAUUUGGAGGAUCCUAAGAGACCUCUUUUCGGUCCGAAUUAUUGGAUGUUGAGAAAAAUGGGUUUAAUACUACCUGAUAACAAAAUAGGCAAAUUCUUGUAUAUUUUUUUGCAUUUUUUUGUCACUUUCUUUGUGUUCACACAGUACUUGGAGCUCCUCGAGAUCCGUUCCAACUUGGAUCUGGUUCUAACUAAUUUGAAGAUAUCAAUGUUGAGUAUCGUUUGCGUCGUGAAAGCCAACACUUAUGUAUUCUGGCAGAGCAAUUGGAAGCAGCUCAUCGACUAUAUUUCCGAAGCUGAUAAAUACGAGAGGAAUACCAGAGAUCCGAUUAAGAAAAGAAUUAUCGCUCAUUACACUAAAUAUUGUCGUAAAGUAGUUUAUUUCUAUUGGCUCCUGGUUUGCAUGACGGUGAUUACUGUGACUAAUACACCUUUAUUGAAAUAUUUAUCAUCAUCUAAAUACCGUGAAGCUCUGCGUAACGGCACUGAGUCCUUUCCUCACAUCUUUAGCUCAUGGGUACCAUAUGAUAAAUCUACUUCGCCAGGUUACUGGUUCACUAUUCUGUACCACGCGUUGAUGUGUACUUAUGGGGGUGGUAUUAUGGCGGCUUACGAUACCAGUGUGAUGGUUAUCAUGGUUUAUUUCGGUGGGAAACUUGAUUUACUUCGGGAACGAUGUAGACAGAUUUUCGGGACCAGCGGUCUCGGUGUGAGUAAUCAAGAAGUAGCAGCGACUAUUAAGGAACUUCACAGCAUUCAUGAUCUUUUAAUGAAGUAUGCGAAGCUGUUUAACUCAUUGUUGUCGCCCGUCAUGUUCCUCUACGUAGUAAUGUGCUCAUCUGUGCUGUGUUUUAGCGCUUUUCAACUAACUACUGCUACGAACACAACACAGAAGCUGCUAAUGGCUGAAUAUUUGAUAUUCGGUAUUAUGCAACUUUUUCUGUUUUGCUGGCACAGCAAGGACGUCAUCGUAAAGAGCGGCAACGUUAUGAUGGGACCAUACGAAAGUGAAUGGUGGACGGCGGGACCGCGGCAACGGAAGAACGUAAUCCUCCUCGCAGGUCAACUGAGCCGAGUCCAUACGUUUACAGCCGGGCCGUUUACAAAUCUUACACUUUCGACUUUUCUGACGAUCCUUAAAGGAGCCUAUAGUUAUUACACAUUACUUAGAAAAUAA